GACUGUUUAAGCCAAUGAGCAGCGAUGUUCCCUGCGGGAAUGCGUGUGUGUAAAUCAGAUUGAUAUAAGAUGGCGACCGCUGAACCGGAUACUUCUUCAAAUCCACCAAGUUCUGAGGAGGACAAGAUUGAAACUGCUGGCCAGGAAGUUGUCAGCCCAGAACUGUAUGUUAAACAUCCACUGCAAAACAGGUGGGCCCUCUGGUUUUUCAAGAACGACAAAAGCAAAACAUGGCAAGCAAACCAACGUCUCAUUUCCAAGUUUGACACCGUUGAAGAUUUUUGGGCUCUUUACAAUCACAUUCAGCUGUCGAGCAAUUUAAUGUCGGGAUGCGACUACUCGCUGUUCAAGGAUGGAAUUGAACCGAUGUGGGAGGAUGAAAGAAACAAAAAAGGUGGAAGAUGGCUCAUUACUCUCUCCAAACAACAAAGAAGAUCAGACUUGGAUCGAUUUUGGCUAGAAACGCUUCUUUGUCUGAUUGGAGAAGCUUUUGAUGACUACAGCGAUGACGUGUGUGGAGCAGUCGUAAAUAUAAGAACCAAAGGAGACAAAAUAGCAAUAUGGACAAAAGACUAUGAGAACAAGGAUGCUGUUACACACAUAGGGAGAGUAUACAAGGAACGGUUAGGACUGCCAGCGAAGGCAAUUAUUGGGUACCAGUCUCAUGCAGAUACCGCAACGAAAAGUGGCUCCACCACAAAAAACAAGUUUGUUGUUUGAAAGAAAAGAACAAAAAGGAUAACUGCCUGGGCUUUUCUCAUUUCUCGUUUUGCCUUUUCUGAUGUGACUGCGUCAAGCAAUCAACCUGGAAGUGAAAACCAAAGCUUCUCGUUGGCAGAGUGGACCGCACUCCUGCCAUUUCACAUCCUUCCGUUCUCGUUCUCCGACUCUUCACCACACGCUACUCUCUCGCUCUUUUUUUUUUUUUUUCUCGGACUGUUUAAUCCCCAAAAUUUCACUUUUCCAACUGAGGAGACUUCUUAAGCGACAUGUUACAUCACUGAUUAAUGGGUUCGAUUUUUUUGUUAUUAAAGGGAAAGGGGGGGAAAAUUCCAGUCUAAAUCACAGAAUGCUGAUUGUUCAGAUAAUGUUUCUUCAAGAUUUGAGUGUGAAUUGAAUUUACUUUAAACAAAAACGUUGUGUUGAAAUUGGAGUUUGGCUGACUGUUGUGGGGUCCGCGUUGAAAUCUUCAUACUUGUCCUUAGUUUGGUUACAGCAGGUUGCUGUCAUCUAUGAAGAUGCUGCCAUUUACAUUUAAUUUAUUUUUCU